GUGCUUAUAUCUAUGUGUACAUAUGUGUUAGGCAAAAGCAAUUAUGGAGAUGAAAAGAGAGUGCAAAACAAAGAGAGUGAGAGGUUUAUGGGUUUUGGGCAGAAGCUGCAGCAUUAAUGGUAUUAUCUGGUAGGGAAUACAUGCUGCAGGGCCUCAGCUGCAGAAAAAGCUAGGAUCAUAAUAUGGCUUGUAAUAUGGAGAAUCAGAGAGAGAGAGGGGAGUUUAAGAACAGGACUUAUAUAUGAUCAUGCAUAGCAGUAGGCUUCAAGCUAAAUUCUUUAAAUGAAUGCUUUUCUUUGGCCACUGCUACAUGUUGGAGUCAUAAUAAGUCAUGUGUUCUGUAGGAAUCUGUAUUGAGUAAGGUGUAAAAUGACAUCCUAUGUGAUGCAGCAUUACUAUGUGUAAUAUCUUAUAUAUAUUUUAUGAACCGCAUGAUUAUUUGAGAUUAUCUAUGAUGAUCUGUUUGAAUCAUACUGGAGAGUUGGAAACAAAAUGGCCCCAUAGUGCCCCGCUAGACUUAAAUGUGGGAUCAAUGUUUUUUUUUUUGGUUUUGUUUUGUUUUGUUUUGUUUUGUUUUUGUGUGUGUGUGUGUGUGUGUGUGUGUGUGUGUAUGUUUUUAUUUAUGUUAGAGCACUGUAGGAACUAUUUGGCAAAGUUCUGCUUGCAUAAUGGUAACUGUAAAAAAAAAAAAAAAAAAAAAAAGAAGAAGAAAAAAUCAGCUUAGAUACAAAUAUCCAGUCCCUGUGGUGUAUCAGGCUCUGUAAAUGGGAGAGGAAAAAACAAGCAGUGUGGACGACCAACAGGUAAAAGAUAGAUUAAGUUAACUCUAGCUUUAAAGUGGCUGCAUGUCUUUCUCAGGAGGGCACACCUGCUGACCUGGACCAUGAGCAAUGAGUCUGCCAUCUGGAAAAACCUAACAGAGAACCCCACAGAGCUCCCUUUGGAGCACGGGGUGCAGGAUGGCUACGUCCUCCAGCUUGUUCUUUUGUCCAUCUUCCUCUCAGUGACGUUCAUCCUCCUGUUUGCCCUGUUCAUUGCCUGUCGCCACUGUUGCAAGGGGGACCGGAACUAUGCACGGUUCAUUCCCUGCUUCAGGCGUAGUGAUGAUCCGGAGAAGACGACCACCUCCUAUAUUGAGGAAACGCAGCCGGUGCAUGAAAUCACAAUCCGUGUGGAUGAGUCAGAGUGUUUGUCAGCAGCCGGCUCUCAUGACAUGGAGACUGAGCGCUUCCUGUCCACAGGAAGCACAGGUCGGCGUGUAUCCUUCAAUGAGGCGGCCCUCUUCGACCACAGCAAGAAGGCACAGGAGAAAGGCCGAAGGUACACACUCACUGAGGGUGACUUCCAUCACUUAAAGAACGCCAGGCUCACACACCUCCACCUCCCGCCGGCAGCCCUCAAGAUCGUCACCAUCCACGAGUGUGAGUCAUCGGAGAACAACAUUGCCAUGACAACACGGCCUGUCACUAAAUCCAGCCUCUCCAUCUUCCAGCCUCCAAUGCGCCCACUGCCUCAGACAGCUCUUAGUAGCCUAAGUCCCAGUUCAGCUCUGCCAGGUGAUUCCCUCAACUCCACUGUGGAUGCCAGCUUCUGUGAAAGUCCACCAUCUCCCAGUCCAGAGCCUCUAAGAUCCAAACUGAUGGAAGGUAGAGGUACAAGCUUGAGGAAUGGUGGCAGCCCGGGCAGUGAGCGAGAGGCAGCACAUGCUUCAGCCUCGGGUGUCUCCUCCUCAAGCGGUGCCCCUCAGGGUCCAGUAUUGCAUUUCUUCACCAAGUUGCGGCGGCAUGCCAGUCUGGAAGGAGCCAGUCCUUACCUUAAGAUCAAGAGAUGGAAGCUUGACAGCAGCCAGAGAGCCUCCAGCCUGGACACCAGAGGCUCCCCCAAACGGAGGCCAUUCCAUAGGCAGCGAGCAGCCAGUGAAAGCAUGGACCAGGAGGAGAACGGUGCCCACCACAUCGACCUUAUCCAGUACAUCGCCCGCACCAAGGAUGUGGCCUAUUGCCCGCCACGUCUCCUUUCCCCCCCAUCCACACCCCCACCGUCCCUCGGCAGGUUAGAGGUGGAGGUGAUGGUGGAGCCAAGCUGCAGCAGAGCAAUGGUGCCUGGGGUGAUUGGUCUGAGUGCUGAGCCCCAAGAUGAGGCUCCCGGCAUGGGCUGUCAUCGGGAGAGCACAGAACACCAGAGCCUUUAUCGUGACAUCUGGACCUUGCGUGCCUCUCUGGAGCAGUACAUCUCUUCUGACCAGAGCAGCAACAAUGACAAAGACUCAGUGCAUAGUGAUGCAGACAGCGUGUCUUCACUUAGGCUUAGGACAGAGAAGGGUGGGUUGCCCAGUUACCCCUCCCAGGACAUUGGGGAUGGGAUAGACGGGGAUGCAGAGAUUCCUGGGGAUGAGGGUCUGGAUAAAAGAAGAAAACAAGACAGUGUGGACUCUGAAAAAGGGAGCGAUGAAUCAGGUACCCGUAAGCUUCUGCAAAUGGAUAGCGGCUAUGCAUCUAUAGAUGCCCCCUCUCGUGGUCCUGAAGAGGUACGACUGUUCCGGAGCAGCAGUGGUAGCAAGGAGGAAUCGGGAUCAGCCAUGGAACGCAGACACUUUUUCACCAGCUCUGGAUACAGUGGAAUAGUGUGUGAAAGCUUUGACACAGACAUCUUGGAUGAAGAACUUGAAGAACUUGGGGGAGCUAGUGGACGUAGUGAUUCAGUGAUGGAACUGGACGAGGGUGGUUUGGUGUGGUCACCCUAUGGGCAGAUGUUCACACAGUCUGACGCUCAAUCUCGUGUCCCAGCCUUGUCUUACCGGGACUACAGCAUAGACGAAAAAACAGACGCACUCUUCCAUGAGUUUCUGCGCCAUGAUCCUCAGUUUGACCAGCAGGAGUCACCAGUGCGCUCAAAGCACCGUUCUCGUGUGCAUCUACGCAAGCAGUGGCAGCGCUCCAAGCAGUACAGUGAUCCUGGCCAGCGCUUCCAUUCCUCCUUUGACCGUUAUCACACCCCACUUCGCCGUGGAGAGACCGUUAACUACCCUCUGGAAAGUAGCUACCACAGCACACUUCCUCGAAUAGUCAGCGGUCCAGAUGAGGAAAACGGUGAUGGGACUGCCAACCUUGCAGCGAUGCCUAAGGCCAAUCAGAGCUUGGGAGCUGCUGAUAAGAGUAUUGCAUCUCCAAAAGAUGACCACACAAAGCACUCUUCCAGUUCUGACACCAGUGGAGAGUUGAAGGAAAAGACCGAACUCCCUACGGUGACUGAUAGUACUCUGGGUCAAACAGAAGUCCUUGCAGAAGAGUCCAAGCUCACAGUCCAGCCUCUUGAGCCAACAGACAGGCAUUCACCCCCACAGGGUGAAACUGGGUACGGUCCUCAGACAAUCACAGCAGAGCUGAGUGAUAAACUAUCUGUGACCCUUGAAGAGCGUCUGUAUUCUGACUUACGCAGGACCAGGGAGCAACGUGAGUGUUUGCUGACAGCCACACAUGCCUCACCCGACCACAGCCCAGUGUAGCACAUGGCUCCACUCAUCCCAACCAACUCUAUGCUGAUAUCUCAACAGGGCUUCAGAUAUCAAAAUUUCAGUGGAAAUUACCCUUAGACACUGAUCUGGGACCAGGUUUGGCUGUCAUUUUAGAGUUAGGAUCACAGCAGCAGAACACAGAGAGUGGAACCUUGGUCAGCCUUUAAGGGGAAUGUCAUUCUCCAUCAUCUCCAGUGUUGAGAAAGUGGAGAUCAAGACCCUUACCUCACAUCUGACAUGGCAUUAACUCAUUUUUGAAUGGUAUCUGUUUAUUGCUUUAGUCAGGCUCCAUUUAGUUAUGUGUUGAGUUUAAAAGCCAAUAUUUUCUCUGCACUAGGUAAUCCACUGUGAAAUUGGGUGCUACUAGACUUGUGAUUAAUGUCCAUUAAUCUCAUAAGUUAGAUGACAGAACGCACUAAUCCAUGAUAUAACCUUUGUCUCUGAUAUAACCAUCUCUUGAUUUAUGUGUGUUAUAGAUUCAGUUCCUCUUUUCCAACACUUUCUAGCCCAUUCUGUCUGCUUGGCUUUAAUCAUGUCUGAAUAAUGAUGAAAUGAGCUAUGUAUGUUGCACUAAAAUAAUCUGUGUAUGCACUUUUCAUGAUUUCAACCACAUUAAGUGUCAUUAAGUGUCUUUGUCAUAGUGUGAUGUGGUUCAUACUAGAACUACUGGUAUGGGAGGAAAAACUGCCUUUUGUGCAAUACAUGUAAUGUUACAAGCUUUUGUUCUUAACCAUACUAUUUAUUAUUGCUUUAAUAUUUAAUGCUACUGUAUAUGUUUUUUUAAGUGUCUCAAGAAAGAGAAUAGAUUUUGUGUACGAUGUUUUAAACGGUAGGUGCCAAAUCAUUAGGUCAGGUAAGCUGAUUAUCACGUUAUAAUAAAAAAAAUAAUAAUAAUUAAAAAUUUUUUUGUGAUAAACAAAGGGUUUAAAUGAGGCCUAUGCUCCAGUGUGUCUCCAGAGUCAGAUGUGUUUUAUUAGAUUUAAUGAGGAAGGCAUGCUGCUUCCUGAAUGCUCGUCACAGACCAGCCACUAUGUAUUCAUUAACAUUUCAUUUUCAUGCGAAGACAACGGGAGAAAAGUGUCCCCAAGGCUAACUGCUCAUCCGGCCUUGAUAGAGAAAUUACAGUGUGUCAUUUGUGGUAAAUCCUAUAUCGACAAAUAACGGCAUGCAAGUGGAUCUUGCUACAAACGCCACAGCUCUAGUCAAUAUCAAUUAUCCAAUCAAGGGGAUUAAAGGCAGAAAUUCCAAUUAAAGUAUUCAUGGGAAGAGUAGAUGUGAUUAGCAGCUGUUGUUGGUAAAAAGCCAUUUGUGGAUUGUGUGUCAGACCAGACUUUCUCAGACUACAGAUGCUAAAUGAUGUAUUUGAACCUUUUAAGAGCAGGAUUCAGCUUGGCUUUUUCCUCCCUCCUUUUCAUAUUGUCGCUUGAGAUAAAAAAGACCAUUAGCCUUUAUUUUAGCUGAGGGAGGUUGUUUAAAAUGAGCUACAAAUAUGUACAUAAUAUAAAGACAGAUAUGUUGGUUUAGAGUGGCAUUGCAUGCUUAAUCAUGCUCAGGAUUGCUAAUAGGACAGAAAAAGCUUCAAUAAACUGUGCAUAAAACAUCAUCUACCACUGAUAUGCUGAUAUGCUUUGCCAUCAUCUGUAUCUCUUUACAUCACAGUGUAUAACUAAAUUCACUACAUACUUGCUGCUUGCUCUGUUCCAGACGACGUCAGCGUAAUUUCAAUCAUACAUAACAAGUACAUUUGUACAGAGGGCAAUUUUGAGAUGUAUACAAGCACAAUCGCUUCCUUUUGCAGGUUAUAGAUUAGUCUUUACUUAGGUAUAGACUUAAAUGCCGGACGCUUGGGUGAUGUUUUGUGUGCUAUCAAGUAGCUUGUCUAAUGCGUCGAUGCAUUAGUGUGCAUAGUUUUGCAUGAGAUGAAUCAGUUUUAGUAAAGAUAACUGUUUUAUUCAGAUUUGAACUUCAGCACCAAAUUAGAUAAUACCUAAUGGAUGCUUAUUUGUUUGAAGCAUAAAAUAAACAGAAAUCAGAACGAUAUUUGUUCUGAGAUAGUUUUUAAAUAUUUUAUGGAGUCUAUUUAUUUUAGGAGUAUGCCUUGAUGAGAUUUUGCUAAGAAUAUGUGCAUCGCAGAAAAAUAUUUUUACUUUGCUAAUAUAUUUCCACUGGAGAACUUUUUUGCUUGCUAUAUUUCCAUGGAAAAACAUAUUUCUGUAUAAUUGCUUGAUAUUUAAACAGUAUAAUGAGGAAAAAAUGUGAGGAAGAAUGAAUACAAUUUUUCAGAACAAUUUUUGUUUACCUCAAUCACUUAAGCCUUGAGGGACCAAUUGAUGGAAAUGUUUGUUUUGGGUUUAUGUUUUCCAACUAGUCAAUAAAGAAAAAUGCAUUAUUUCUGUGCAUAAUGUGUCAUUUUGUUUAAAAUAUAUAUAUACUACAAGUGAUAAUUCACUAGAGCUAUACACUAUCCUCACUUCAUGCUGUUUUUCCUGUUGAUCCUUGGAAGCAACAUGGUGCUGUGUAACUAUAGCACAGCUGCCGUCCCUUCCUUCCACCUCCAGAAGGUGCCGAAACUCCCCGUGGGAACAUCAAAUAUUCAUAUCAGCCAGGCUAAUAAAUUAAGAAUGGCUGUGCAGUAAUUAUGAUGCUAAAUCAAUAGCAACCUGGGUGUCACCAGGCAGAGAGGCCCUUCCACUUCCACGGGAAUGAUUAUCAAUCAACAACUCAAGAACACAAAUAACCGAUGCCAUCUCCUGUACUUUCUUUCCAUUCAGAAGGAAAUGAUUCAUGAUAAGCUUAAAGCAGUAUGGUAUUAAAACCAUGCCAUGGAUACAGAGCGGUAUAGGAGAAUUGGAUUUAUAAUAAUGUCACUGCACACUGAGAGGGUUGUAAUAUUUAUGUUUAUAUUUCUCAUUUUAUUAUUUAAUCUUCGCUCUACGUGGCAUCUGAGUGUAUUGCUCAGCCCCUAUAAAGCAUGUUUGAAACAUGUUUCGAUCAACCUCUGCUGAAAACACCAGUAAGAAUAAUAAAUCAAUGCUGUGUGGUAUUUGAGCUUGAGAAGAAAACCCAGAGAGAAGAUCAAGGCUGGAUAAAUCUGCUGCACAGACCUGAAUCUCUUCACUUACAAGCAGGAAAAUAGUCUGUGUAUAGGGCUGCAUUGCUUUCAUUUACAGCUCAGUGUGCU